GUUUGCAUUUGAGCAUUCCUGAUGAACCGAACUGGUGAAGUUCACAGAUGCGCUUGUGGCCAGACUUUUGUGGACGGGGUGGGCAACGGUCAUAGGCUCUUGGCACAACACGAAACUUUCGUUAGGAGCUGUUUUCAGGCUGUGCUAGUAGAAGUAGCCCUGCGGAAGGGUAGUAGUAUAGUCUUCCCAUAGAUCUGCAGUUGCUAGUUUUACCGAGAUAAGACUCAGC